AUGAAUUGGGAUGGUCUCGGAGAAGACGAUGAUGAUGACAGGUUCUUUGAAACCUACCAAAGAAUAUCAUCGGCUGUUCCCGUCGAUUUAGACUCCUCCGGUUCCGACGAUGAUGAUGGGUUUGAUGAUAGCCGGAUGUCGUUUGUCUCCGCCGUCUCCUCCAUCUCCAUCAAACCAAUCGGCAGCCUUGAUGCGGAGGAGAAACCGUCCAUUAUGGCCAGCUAUGAUGUGUGGAUGGAGGAACCCGGCGACAUUAAGGAGCGGAGGAAGCGUCUUUUGAAAGGCAUGGGGUUGGCAAGCAAUAAGGACCUUGUGAAACUCGCCAGCGCCAAGUUUGUCCGGGCCAUUUCAAGCAGCGGUGGCCGAGUUUCUACGUCGAAGGCUGAUUCUUCACCAUCGGAGGAAUUAAAACUAGACAAAUCUUCACCUAAAACGCCCAUUUUGCUCGUAAGGUCGAGAUCAGAUAGUGAUAUAGAAGCUUUUUCUGCAAGAACUAAACAACGUAAAGAAGAAAUAAUCGGUCCAGUAUCGAAACAGCGUUUAACUAGAACAUCAUCUGGGCAAUUGGCACCAGCUACAGGUUUAUAUCAAUACACAAAUUCUAUCAGAAUAUCACCAAAAAGAUCUAGAAACAGAUCUGCAAUGCCAAGAAGUGAUGCAUUACAAUCAGUAUUUUCCAAUGCUGGGUUGGGUUCCUUCUUCUUGAUUAAGAAUUUAGACACUGGAAAAGAAUUCAUUGUGAAAGAGGCCGAUGAAGAAGGAAUGUGGAAUAAACUCAGCGAGGUUCAAACGGGGAAACAACUUACAAUGGAGGAAUUCGAAAAGUCUGUCGGGUAUUCACCGGUAGUGAAGGAGUUAAUGCAACGCGCAAACGUCUCGGCACAUUUGGAUUACGGCCCGAAAAUCCAUGCGAAUUCGUAUUUUUCAAGAAGUUUCAGAAAUAGCAAGAGAAGGGGUGUUGCGUUUUUAAAAGGCGUAGCACAUUCAGUGAGUGGAUUAAUUGUAGACAAAGAAAGAGAGCAGCUUUCACCAGAGGCACAGAGAGCUAACAAAAAUUCAUCUCAAUGGGUGAAAGCGCGCCAACAUGGGAAAUCCUAUAAGGAAUUCACAGCAUUGCAUUUGUCACAAGAAAUUCAAGCUCAUGAAGGAUCAAUAUGGACUAUUAAAUUUAGUUUGGAUUCGCAUUUUCUUGCAAGCGCUGGUGAAGAUAGGAUAAUUCGUGUGUGGGAAGUGCAGGAAUGUGAGGUUAGAUCACCUGAUGAUUUGAAUUCAGUUGGUGGCAUGCCUUAUCAUCCUAUGGUUGGUUCAUUUUCAGAUCGACCUCCGCUUGCAGAGAUUACGCCGAUGCCUUCAGAGAAGAGAAAAAAGGGAAGAAUCCACAAAAAAAAGGGCAACUCAAUUCCUGAUUAUGUAACCAUGCCAGAAACUGUAUUUGCACUUUCAGAAAAACCAAUAUGCAUUCUGAAUGGUCAUCAAGACGAUAUCUUGGAUCUUUCGUGGUCAAGAUCUCAGUUGUUACUUUCAUCUUCAAUGGACAAGACAGUGAGGCUGUGGGAUUUGGAGACUAGAAGCUGUUUGAAGAUGUUUGCACACAAUGACUACGUAACUUGCAUACAGUUCAAUCCAAUAGACGACGAUUACUUCAUCAGUGGUUCACUUGAUGGAAAAGUUCGAGUAUGGAGCAUACCAGAUAGGCAGGUUGUCGACUGGACUGAUCUUCAUGAAAUGGUUACUGCAGCUUGCUACACUGCUGAUGGCAAGGGUGCUAUGAUUGGUUCACAUAAAGGGAGCUGUAGAUUGUACAGUAUUAAUGGUAUAAAUAGCUAUCCAAUUCCAUUGUCUCAGUUCAUAUUGUCAAUAUCUGUGUUAAUCAUCAACAUGUAUUUAGAUUGUAAAUUGGAGAAAAAGGAUCAGUAUGUUGUUCAGUCCAAGAAAAAACCACAAUCCAAAAAAAUCACGGGUUUUCAGUUUUCCCCUUGGAACCCAUCUGAAGUCCUCGUUACAUCUGCUGAUUCACGGAUUCGCAUCUUCAAUGGAUCACAGCUAAUCCAAAAAUUUAGAGGAUAUCGGAACACCAGCAGCCAAAUUUCAGCUUCGUUCAGUUCAGAUGGUAAAUAUGUCAUAAGUGCAAGUGAGGAUUCUCAUGUUUAUAUCUGGAAGCUCGAAGAAUCCAGAGGGAAGGGCAGAAGUAAGAUAACGGUCCUAGCUCACGAGCAUUUCCAUUGCAAAGAAGUUUCAGUUGCAAUUCCAUGGAAUGGCUGUACGAAAAUUGAGCCACCAUUUGUAGAAGUACACUCCAAAAGGCAUCAUUCAAAACGCUUCACCGGUCCACUACCAUAUUCCAUUAGCCGAGAAGACAAUAUGGUCAGUGCUAGUAGUCGGAGGCAUUUGCCUCCUCUCCCGAAGAAAAACACUGAACUGGAGAGAAUUACGAGCCACGCAGACGAAGAUUUUGGGCAAUCAGCUCGUAUAGACUCAGGAAUCGGAACAAGUUCAUCAUUUGGUUCAUCAUUAAGAUACGGUGAAUCACCUUCCAUUUCAGCUUCUGGGAACUCUCCGAUAUCUCAUUCUUUUUCAUCGUCCUCCUCCUCGUCCUAUUCAUUGUUUGAUGGUGGAAACAAUAGCCAUGGAGCUCACACUGUACAAGCAACGGCAUGGGGAAUGGUAAUUGUGACAGCAGGUUUAGGAGGUGAAAUUAGGGUUUAUCAAAAUUUUGGGCUGCCUCUAAAAGUCAGUCGCCAAACCAAUCUCCUCAGAGACCUUACAUAG